UAGCAGUUGGCAGGAAUGUUUGCGUUUUGUUGAAAGUCUGUUAGCUCAAUCUGUCUAGUCCAGAUCUUUGCUGGAUGUCUUGGAGACAGCAGCGUUGCCCUUCACUCUGCAAUUUCAUCCAACCCUGUGAAUUGCACUGUGUUAAGUAAACAGUAGAGAUCCGCUGAUCAUCACAGGCUCUUACAAAACACCACAUUUCUCGGGAAUUAGGGGAAUUGGGUUUUCCCCUCCGGCAAUUUAGGGACGGUUUCAUAUCGUCAGUUGUGUGUAGACUUUUUUCUCAUGAUAAGUGAAAGUGGUGUGUGAAAUUGACAAGUUUGGUCAAUUUCGGGAGUUGGGGGAGGUAUUUUCUAACAGCUUCUCUUUUCUUAGACGGUUUGAAAAGAGUGCUGACACAGAAUACCCAGGAUGGGAAUACAGCUCAACAUUUUGCUUUUGCAAUGUCUGAUCUCGACAUUCGUUUUAAAUCGUUCAUUUGCUUUUUCUGACGAAACUGUAGAUAAAUUACUACCAGUAAAGUCUGAUGGAUAUUGCAGCAGGAUUUUGAGGGCUCAGGGCACAAGGAGAGAGGGUUUUAAUGAGUUCCGACUGAGAGUGGAGGGGGAUCCCGAAUUUUACAUUCCCGGAACCACCUAUAGAGUGAGUUUGUAUGCAUCCAGCCCUUCUUAUUUUAGAGGCUUUACACUUAUUGCUUUGAAAGAAGGAAAGGAGGGCGACAAAGAUGAGGAUUAUGCCGGCAAUUUUGAGAUUAUAGAUGAGGAGGAUACCCAGUUCAUGACAAACUGCCCCCCUGCUGUCACAGAGAGUACACCCCGGAGGAGGACAAGGAUCCAAGUUUUUUGGACAGCGCCCCCUUCUGGAGCUGGCUGUGUUAUCUUAAAGGCAAGCAUUGUGCAAAAAAGAAUAAUCUAUUUCCAAGAUGAAGGCUCUCUCACAAAACGAAUGUGUGAAAAAGAGCUGUUAUCGGAGGGGGCAACUGAAAGGCCAAUCAUUGACUGCUGUGCCUGUGGGACUGCUAAAUACAGAAUGACCUUUUAUGGAAACUGGUCAGAGAAAGUGCACCCCAAAGAUUACCCAAGACGUGCUAACCACUGGUCAGCCAUCAUUGGGGCUUCCCACUCGAAGGAUUAUGUCUUGUGGGAGUAUGGAGACUAUGCCAGUGAAGGAGUGAAGCAGGUGGCUGAGUUUGGCUCCCCGGUGAAAAUGGAGGAAGAGAUCCGACAAAAGGGUGAUGAUGUUUUGACAGUCAUCAAAGCGAAAGCACAAUGGCCUGCCUGGCAGCCACUGAAUGUGAGAUCAGCGCCCUCUGCUGAAUUCUCAGUGGAUAGAACUCGUCACCUCAUGUCCUUCUUUACAAUGCUGGGUCCCAGUCCCGACUGGAAUGUGGGCCUUUCAGCUGAAGAUCUUUGUACUAAGGAAUGUGGAUGGGCUCAAAAGGUAGUUCAGGACUUGAUUCCUUGGGAUGCUGGCACAGACAGUGGAGUUACCUAUGAGUCACCCAAUAAAGCUACAAUUCCUCCAGAGAAAAUCAGACCUCUUACCAGCCUGGAUCACCCUCAGAGCCCCUUCUAUGAUCCAGAGGGAGGCCCCAUCACUGCUGUUGCCAGAGUGGUUAUUGAGAGAAUUGCAAGAAAGGGUGAGCAAUGCAAUAUUGUCCCUGAUAAUGUGGAUGACAUCGUGGCUGAUCUUGCUCAAGAGGAUAAAGAUGAAGAUGAUACUCCAGAAACCUGUAUCUACUCCAACUGGUCCCCUUGGUCUGCCUGCAGCUCCUCCACCUGCGACAAAGGAAAGAGGAUGAGACAGAGGAUGCUGAAGGCCCAGCUAGACCUCAGUGUGCCCUGUCCACAUACCCAGGACUUUCAACCCUGCAUGGGGCCUGGUUGCAGGGAUGAAGUUGAUGCGACCACCUGUAUGGUGUCCGAGUGGAUCACCUGGUCUCCCUGCAGUGUCUCUUGUGGAAUGGGUAUGCGCUCCAGAGAGAGAUAUGUCAAGCAGUUCCCAGAAGAUGGCUCAAUAUGCCAACUACCCACAGAGGAGAAUGAAAAAUGCAUUGUUAACGAGGACUGCUCCCAGAGUAGCUGCCUCAUGACAGAGUGGGCUGAGUGGGAGGACUGCAGCGCCACCUGUGGUAUGGGCAUGAAAAAACGCCAGCGGAUGGUCAAGAUGCCUCCCUCUGAUGGCACCAUGUGCAAGACAGACUUGGCAGAGGUUGAGAAGUGCAUGAUGCCUGAAUGCCACACCAUUCCCUGCUUGCUGUCUCCUUGGUCUGAGUGGAGUGACUGCAGUGUUACAUGUGGGAAAGGAAUGAGGACACGACAGAGGAUGCUAAAGUCUCCAGUGGAGCUUGGGGAAUGUAGUGAAGAGCUUGAACAAGUAGAGAAAUGCAUGCUGCCAGAAUGUCCCACGGACUGCAUGGUUUCAGAGUGGUCUGAGUGGUCUGAGUGUAAUAAAUCAUGUGGCAAGGGUCACGUCAUCAGGACCAGGAUGAUCAAGCUGGAGCCUCAGUUUGGCGGAGAGCCGUGCCCCGAGACGGUACAGCGCAAAAAAUGCAAAAUCAGAAAAUGUAACCGGGGUUCCAGCGACGAGAAGAGGCGCCGCAAGGAAGCCCGUGAGAAACGAAGGAGUAAACAGACCAGAGAGGAACCUCAAGAUGAACAGCAUCCAGGAUGUAAAAUGAGGCCUUGGUCAGUCUGGACUGACUGUACUAAACUCUGUGGCGGUGGAAUUCAAGAGCGCUUUAUGACGGUCAAGAGGAGGUUCAAAAAUGCUCAGUUUACAAGUUGCAAAGACAAGAAGGAAAUCCGAGCGUGUAACGUGAAUCCCUGUUAAGGAUCCUGCUGCCUGGAAGUUUAACUCUGCCAGAUGCAUUCUCUUAGAGCUGGCAAAAGGAAAAUCAGUCUUGUUUUAAUCCAGGUUCAAGUGAGGUGGCAAAACUCCACUCCAAACUCGGCUGUGUAUUCUAAAGAGAAUUCAGUAUUUCUGUGGGACUGGAAGUCAAUUAAAGGACCAUCUAUUUUGUCAAGACAUGGACAAGGUUAUUUACCAUAUUUACAUUUUGUGUGUGCGAUCGUGUAUGACAAUGAAGUACACUACAUGGCAGUGACAUACCUUUUAUACACUUGUUUUAAUAUCUACGUGUUUCGUAAUCAUUGAUAACUGUUAUAUCAGUAUCCAAGUAUCUUUUUAAUAAUCACGUUCAUUUAAAAGAUUCAAACUUAAUACAACUGAUCCAAGUCCACGAUAAAAUUGCCUUCUGAUCCAGACCUGUAAAUGAUGCCUGCAGUUUAAUUUAUCAAAGGCAAUGUCUUCGAGUUGUGAUUUUCACAAGUCUUCACUCUGAUCCCUUCAUUUGUAUGUACUUAUUGAUCCAAUCAAAGUGCCAAUCCAAAUCUUUCAGCCACAAUGAGCGUGACCAGCGAGGUUAACCUGAAAUCAGUGUUAAUUAAUUUAAACAGACCAGAAUGGUUAAAAAAAGAUUGAUUUUCCACCAUAUGUACAAUAGCUCUGUUGCAUUUCAAAUUCUUGCAAAAUUACUGUAAACGUGUUGUGGUAUACUAUUCAUUAAAUACCAAUCAGUUCAAACAAAUACUAGAACUGUUAUAUCCUGUGGUACCUUCUCAAAUAGCAUAUUCUAUUCCUGAAUUAAAAGCACAGGUUAUCAUUCCAGCAUUUUAUAAGCCUCAAUGCUGUUUCUAGAAUUGCGUUGUGAGUUUUUAUCCAAUUGUAUGACAUGUAGCAGCUCUACAGUUUAAUAUGGUAGGAGAACAAUAAUUAAUCACAUUUUUAUUUUAUUUGUGCAUUGUUAGGAGAUUUGUUACUUUUUGCUGUGAAAUUUUCAUAAGAAUGUCAAGCGAUUCUUAGAGUCUUGUGUAGAUGUUUUGUAGUGGUCUGUUUAACACAUUUACUAUUUUGGAAUAAAUCACCUUUACAAUAAAAGUAAAAGUGAAAACA